AGGAAUAUCUUCUCGUCUUUUCCUUCCUUUCGAUUCUGUGCAACUGCUCCUUCCAGUACAGGUUCCUCUUACAGAGAUGAGAUUGCGACAACACAAUUGGAGCGAGUUCUUCUAAGUUAGCAUCGCCGUUGAGUUCCAGCCAGCUUCUUAGGCAAAUCGUUGCACGGGACGCACUGCGAUGGCGAGCAUCGGUGACAUAAGCGCAGCACAGCUGAGUCGCUACAACGGCACCAACGACGCCUUACCGAUUCUGGUGGCCAUCAGGGGCAAGAUCUACGACGUGACAAGCGGGAAGUCAUUCUACGGGCCAGGAGGCUCAUAUGCCAUGUUUUCGGGGAAGGAUGCGAGCAGAGCACUGGCCAAGAUGUCCACCAAACAGGAAGAUGUGGUGGCUGACCUCGAUGGCUUGACAGACAAGGAGAUCGGAGUACUCGACGACUGGGAUCGAAAAUUCGCCGCCAAGUACCCCGUCGUCGGCCGCGUCACCGACUCCUAGACUCACCGCAGCGGGCGGUUUCCUAUUUCACCCAUCAAGUGCAACCAGUUCAAGCAUUUCCUUCCGCAUGGCCCACUCACGUAGCGUUUCCAGAAACAUACUACAUAUCUUACAGUGUGCACGCAAAUCGAACUCUACUGCUCUGGUAGCCUGUUCUUCACAAACCUUUCAACUUCGACUGUGAUGGUCUUCGCACAGUGACCCAACUCUGUGCAGUUAUGCGCAAUGGAUCUUCCGCACAUUCUCUACUAUGCUCAGUAGCAGUGUAUGGAUUGCCACCCUCACCCCAUGAUUUCAUUUGUUUCGUGAUUUCUCCAUCUCCGCAACUCGAAGUGUGCAUUUUGUUGACGUUCGGGGCGCAUCGAUCCGUGUCGGUAUUGUCGAAAUCUAGCGUUGCCGAAUUGCUUCUGAGCAAAUUUGGUGAAUCUUGCGUUUACUAGGUUGGACACUCGCGAUGCAUAAUUAUUUUCUUCUAGUUUGCGUCCAUUUCAUGAAUCCAGAAUGUGAAUGUUUAUUUUAUUUUAUUUUAUUUAUUUUUGUAUGUAUGUGUGUAUAUGAAAAUAGUAUAGAGUUGUGAGGAAUCUGAGUUUAGCCCUUUGACAUUAGAGUACGAGUACAUGAAUAGAUGUUCAACUAUUUAUCAUUUAAGGAAGUUUGAACCCAUUUUAUUAA